ACAUAGCUGUCACCCCAUCCUAACCGCCUCUUCCAGCGCACAACCCCUUGCGCCUGUCUGUCGUCUCUCCUCCCUCCGCACUGAAAACCCCCUUCUUCCCGUCUCCACCGCCCCAAUUGCAAACUCCCUGAUCAGAUUCCUCCUCCCUCCUCUGAUCAUUAGGCCAGCAAAUCACAGCAAGGUGUUGCUAUAUAUGGUAAGGUAGUGUGCUUCGCCACUGCCAAGGGGGAAAGCGCUCGGCGGCGGCGGCGCAAUCAAACCGGGCGCUCUAGAUCACCAAAUCGGCAGUCCCUCCGAGGCUCAACGAAGCUUUAGCUUAAGUCUGCCGGGGCGGGGGGCGUGAUGGCGGCAGCGGCGGCGUCGUCGUCGGGGUCGCCGUACAGGUCGCGGUUCGGGGACACGACGCUGACGAAGGUGUUCGUGGGCGGGCUGGCGUGGGAGACGCCGUCGGAGGGGCUGCGGCAGCACUUCGAGCAGUACGGGGACAUCCUUGAGGCCGUCGUCAUCACCGACCGCCUCACCGGCCGCUCCAAGGGCUACGGAUUCGUGACGUUCCGGGAGCCGGAGGCGGCGCGCCGGGCGGUGCAGGACCCGAACCCGACGAUCACCGGGCGGCGCGCCAACUGCAACAUUGCCUCGUUGGGGCCGCCGCGCCCCGCCCAGCCUCGAGGAAGGGCGUCCCCCGGGGCCCACUUGCAGGGACCUCCUCCGGUGGCCCUGGGCCCGCAUUACAUGGCCAGGGCUCCACAGCAGCAGAUGGGCAUGGUGCCCAGCCAAGGUCCUGCGAUCUACAACUACAACCCUUCGCAAUACGGGUACUGGUACCCACCUGACUAUCAAUACCAACAGGCCAUGAUGAACCCUCAAGUGCUGCAGAACUACUACGCGCAGCUGUAUGGGUUGGCGCCAUCGCCGACAGGGCCACCACCCUACCAUCAAUAUGUUGGGUACAUGCCAACUCCGACUCCGAGGGCGGUACUCUCGCCGGCACAGCAGCUCGCGGGGCAGCCGUACGUGCCCCAUCUGACGGCUGCGCAGAUCCAGGGCUCCUUCGUACAACAAGUGCCUUCUCUUCCGCACAACUUUGCGCUGCAGCUGCCCCCCCAUGCAGUGUCCAUGUCAGUGAUGACUCCCAACGCAACAGAUGUUCAACCGGCUAGCCAGACUUCCUCUGCGGCUGUGGCAACGAACGCGAACGGCCCUCAUCAGGGUGCCUGAUGUGCCAGCUCAUGGCUGGAAAAGGAGAUUAUUCUUGUUGAUUUGAUUUGAAAUACCUUCGGAACUACUGACUGCUUUCUGCUUUCUCGGCUGGGGGAUAGGAAAAUUGGCGAAAGUGAGUUCUCUUCUCCAUCUCGACCGAUCUGGUGCGGACGAAGUUAUUGAUGGUCUGUAACAGUCUCUCAGGAUGCUUUUGACUAGAAUGACAAAGGAUAAACAUCUUGUCCUUUUAUUAAUCCCUAUUCAUUCUUCGGUUUUGACGACAUACUGUAUUAAAAAUCGCCGAAUCAUGCUAUUUUUUUUU